AUGAACAAAAAGAGCUUGGCAGUUCGGAAGCAGGAGGAAGCGGAACACGCUUGUGACGAGGCCAAAAAGGACGGCGCCGCAGCAAGGCACGAGGCAUGCGAGGACGUUUGGGACGCAAGCGAGGAAGUUCUGGACUUGGAACUCACUGGAGCCGGCCUGGAGGCAUCGAUAUCGAAGUCUGUGACGAAUGGAUAUGUUCGGAACCGACUUCAAGCGCGUGACCCUUUGGUCGAUGGAUUUCUUGGACGCGCGGAGACGUUUCCGACGUCUCCUGAAGAGCUCGCGGAAGUGCAAAGGGUCCGGCCGCGGCAGGGAUUUGUGCCAGGGCGACCGGAUGCUUCCACAGUUCAAUCCCACAUGGGGAGGUCCCAAAAAGGGUCUAUCUCGGAUGAGGUGGAUCAGGAGUUGCCAGGGCGUCACAAACAGCUGCAGAAGCCACUGGAAGCGGCUUCAGCGCAGCAACUGUCGGCUCAGGGGUUGGAUGCCGCAGGGCUGGACGGGUCGGGUGCAUUGCCAGGCCGGGCCACUGCUGGAGUACCCGGAGCCACGGCUGCCAUGUCGGGACCAGGUGCUGAACUCUUGGAAGAAGCAGCAGAGGCCGCAGCAGCACGUGCGCGUGAGGAGGCGGCUGCAGAGCUCUGGAAUCUCCGCAGCGAGGAGCAGCUGGUGGUGAAGGAGGCAGAAGAAGCGGCCGCCCAGGCGCGUUUGGAGGCUUCCGUGGCCCCGGCACUGGCCUGGGCGAGGGCGGAAGAGGAGGUGCUGCAGGAGUUGGAGCGCUUGCAACAGGAGCAGAGGCGCGAAGAGAGUGUGGCCGGAGCUGUGCGUGAACAGGCGGAGCGGUUGCACAUGGAGGAGAGCUUGGCGGUUCGGAAGCAGGAGGAAGCGGAACAUGCUCGUGAGGAGGCCAAAAAGGACGGCGCCGCAGCACGGCACGAGGCGCGCGAGGCGCUGGACGCGGAGCUGGAACAGCUGCGCCUGCAGCGAGGCGAGGCCCUGCUGGCAUCGGAGGAGGCGAAGGAAGCGCUGGAAAUGGCGGAGGCCAAGGAGAAGGUGACCACCGAAUGUGAAGAGGCAGCGGCCAAAGAGGUGAAGAAUUGGGAAGUCUUGUUGGAGCAACGCGAGAAGGAGAUGCUACAGGCGGCGGAGGUUCGGGAACGGGAGCUGGAAGCGGAAGCAGUGGUGAAGUACGAACAACGCGAGAAGGAGCUGUUGUUUCCAGCCCUUGCGACCGCCAAAGCGGAACGAGAAGAGGCGGCUGCUGCUCGGAGCCAUGCACGGGACUAUGCCAUGCAAGAGGUGGCCUCCGAGCUUGAGAAGCUCCGGCAGGGGCAGAGUGAAGCGCAACUGGCGCGGAGCGAGGCGCAAGUGGCGCGCGCCGAGGUGAUGAAACAAGAAGGUGAGAUCCGAAGGAUGGAAGACGAAGCGGCUCAGGAGGUGCUGAAGUGGGAGAAUGCCGUGGCCAUCAAGGAACGCGACGCGCUGAGUCGCUACGCAGAGAAGGAACAGCAGCUGCUGGGCGAAAGCAAAGCGGAGCAGCAGGUGGCUGCCUCCUUGAGACUAAGGGAGCUGGCCUUGCGGACAGGUGAAGAAGAUUUGAUGGCUACCCUGCGGAAACGUGAUCAUGCCAUUCUAAAGCAAGAGAAAAAGGUGGAAGAAAUGGAGAUGUCUGCCGAAGCGAUGGCCGAACGGGCCAGGGACCGAGCAGCGGACCUGGCUGAGAGCCUCCAGGAGCGCGCGCAGGCGCUGGCGCUGACGGCGGAGGCGCGGGAAGCGAAGCUCCAGCAGCGGGAGGAAGAACUGAACAGUAUGGUGGCAGAUCAAAUUCGAGCCAUGGAGGACUUGCAGAAGCUCCGAAGCGAGUUCCACAAGGCCGAGACGGCGGCGGUGAUCUUCGAAGCGGAUCUGGUGCAGAAGGAGAUGGGCAGCCGAGUGCUCAUGUUGGAUGCGAAGUCACGGGAUGCCCAACUGGGUUUUGUGGUGGGUGGCUUUGACACAGGUCGCGGCUUGCUGGUCAGCAAAGUCCUGCACGGAUCAUGGGCAGAGCAAAAGGGCUUGAAGUACAGACGCAGUUGUGGUGCGUGGAGGGCUGAACAAAGUACAACCAUGGCAAUACCCGGAGAGGGAGAUGAACUUACAAGCCUCGAUGGGAAAGAUGUGAAAGACUUGAAGGAACCGGAGAUUCUGGAGGCAUUGCAGUCGCAGAGGCCUCUAAAGUUGGGCUUCCUAAAGCCUGACCCCAAGCUGCCAGCCGCUGCGCCUGCCAAAACUGUGCCGCCUGCACCUGUUGCAAUUGCUGCACCAGGGGCGGAGCCAGGGGCGGAGCCGGGGGCGGAGCCGGGGGCGGAGCCGGGGGCGGAGCCGGGGGCGGAGCAGGAGUUCUGGCCGGCCAGCGAAAAGCAGGCACUGGAAUUGUUGGGAGCUUGGAGCCGGAUUGGGAAUAUUUGGGAAUUCUUAGCUUCAAUCAGACUAAACAUAUCUAAACAGUUGUCCCCAAAAGCCGCGCUCAAAUUUCCAGAUUGUUCUUUCAUGGGGAUUUCACCAACUCCAGAGGUCAGCACCCCCAAUGAUAGCUGCUUAAGAUUUGCCCUUCUUAGUGGUUGUUGUGAUUAA